CACUGGGUGCCGGCCGGGUUCAUCCGGACUGAAUCCUCAUGAAUGGAAAUCGGAACAACAGGAGCCGCUGAAGCCCCAGCCCUUUUUUCGUUGCCACGGCGACCUGGCUAUGGCACCAUUGGGAAGGCCAUCAAGCUUCUGGCGAACUGCUUCCAGGUGGAAAUCCCCAAGAUCGACGUCUACCUGUAUGAGGUGGACAUCAAGCCUGAUAAAUGUCCCCGCAGAGUCAACAGGGAAGUGGUGGACUCCAUGGUUCAACAUUUCAAGGUGACCAUCUUUGGUGACCAUCUGCCAGUUUACGAUGGGAAGAGAAGCCUCUACACUGCGAGCCCGCUACCCGUCGCCACUAGCGGGGUCGACCUGGAUGUCACACUGCCAGGUGAAGGUGGGAAGGACCGCCCGUUCAAAGUCAGCAUGAGAUUCGUGUCGUUGGUCAGCUGGCACAUGCUGCACGAAGUCUUGACGGGACGCAAUGUGCCUGAACCGCUGGACCUGGAGAAACCCGUCAGCACUAACCCUGUUCACGCAGUGGAUGUAGUCCUUCGACACCUGCCCUCCAUGAAGUACACCCCUGUCGGGCGGUCCUUUUUCUCCUCCCCAGAGGGCUACGACCACCCGCUAGGUGGAGGAAGAGAGGUCUGGUUUGGUUUUCAUCAGUCUGUACGGCCAGCCAUGUGGAAGAUGAUGCUCAACAUUGAUGUGUCAGCCACAGCUUUCUACAAAGCCCAGCCAGUCAUCCAGUUCAUGUGUGAGGUCUUGGACAUUCACAACAUUGACGAACAGCCCCGCCCGCUCACAGACUCCCACAGGGUCAAGUUCACCAAAGAGAUCAAAGGUCUGAAAGUGGAAGUCACUCACUGUGGAACCAUGCGUAGGAAGUACAGGGUCUGCAAUGUAACCCGCCGCCCUGCCAGCCUCCAGACAUUUCCUUUGCAGCUUGAGAACGGUCAGACAGUUGAACGCACAGUGGCGCAGUACUUCAGAGAGAAGUAUAAUCUGCAGCUGAAGUAUCCCCACCUGCCGUGCCUGCAGGUGGGACAAGAGCAGAAACACACUUACCUGCCCCUGGAGGUGUGUAACAUUGUUGCCGGACAGCGCUGCAUUAAAAAACUAACUGAUAAUCAGACGUCGACCAUGAUCAAAGCAACGGCGCGCUCUGCCCCCGACAGACAAGAGGAGAUCAGCAGACUGGUGCGGAGUGCAAAUUACGAGGCCGACCCGUUCGUCCAGGAGUUUCAGUUCCGCGUUCGUGACGAGAUGGCUCAGGUGAUGGGUCGCGUCCUGCCGGCCCCCAUGCUGCAGUAUGGCGGCAGGGUGAGCUCUGAACCCUUUAUGCCCCAGCAGAUCAACCCUGCACUGUCGUUGCAGAACCGCACGGUGGCCACACCCAGCCACGGGGUGUGGGACAUGAGGGGGAAGCAGUUUCACACCGGAGUGGAGAUCAAGAUGUGGGCCAUCGCCUGCUUCGCCACCCAGAGGCAGUGCCGCGAGGAGAUUCUCAAGAGCUUUACUGACCAGCUGCGGAAAAUCUCAAAGGACGCUGGGAUGCCAAUCCAAGGCCAGCCAUGUUUCUGUAAAUACGCCCAGGGAGCUGACAGUGUGGAGCCCAUGUUCAGACACCUGAAGAACACCUACGCUGGGCUGCAGCUAAUCAUCGUCAUCUUGCCUGGAAAAACACCCGUCUAUGCUGAGGUGAAGCGGGUGGGAGACACCCUCCUGGGCAUGGCCACCCAGUGCGUGCAGGUGAAGAACGUAGUGAAGACGUCCCCACAGACCCUCUCCAACCUCUGCCUCAAGAUCAACGUCAAACUGGGCGGCAUCAACAACAUCCUGGUUCCACACCAACGGCCCUCUGUGUUCCAGCAGCCAAUCAUCUUCCUCGGGGCUGAUGUCACUCAUCCUCCAGCAGGAGACGGGAAAAAACCAUCUAUUGCAGCAGUGGUGGGCAGCAUGGACGCUCACCCCAGCAGGUACUGUGCUACAGUGCGAGUCCAGAGGCCCAGACAGGAGGUCAUACAGGAUUUGGCCUCAAUGGUGCGAGAGCUCUUGAUCCAGUUCUACAAAUCAACCCGAUACAAGCCAACCAGGAUCAUCUUCUACAGGGACGGAGUAUCUGAGGGCCAGUUCAGACAGGUGCUGUACUAUGAGCUGCUGGCCAUCAGGGAGGCUUGCAUCAGUCUAGAGAAGGAUUACCAGCCAGGGAUUACCUACAUCGUCGUUCAGAAACGCCAUCACACACGCCUCUUCUGUGCAGAUCGCAACGAGCGGGUUGGAAGAAGUGGGAACAUUCCUGCCGGCACCACAGUGGACACGGACAUUACGCACCCCUACGAGUUUGACUUUUACCUCUGCAGUCACGCUGGAAUCCAGGGUACGAGCCGGCCUUCCCACUACCACGUGCUGUGGGACGACAACUGCUUCACCGCUGACGAGUUCCAGCUCCUCACCUACCAGCUGUGCCACACCUACGUGCGCUGCACGCGCUCCGUCUCCAUCCCAGCACCGGCCUACUACGCCCAUCUGGUGGCCUUCCGUGCCCGCUACCACCUGGUCGACAAAGAGCAUGACAGUGCCGAGGGCAGCCACGUCUCAGGGCAGAGUAAUGGCAGGGAUCCCACGGCGCUGGCCAAGGCCGUUCAGAUCCACCACGACACACUGAGGACCAUGUACUUCGCCUGAUCGCG